AUUUGUUUUAUUAGUUUUUUUUUUUUAUUUUUUUUUAGAAUAAUAAAUUUUUUUUUUAUAAUUUAUUUUAUUAUGGAAAAUAUAGUUCUUUUUUUAGAGUGGGAAAUUAUUUCUUUUAAUUCUAUAAGAGUUGUUAUAUCUAUUUUAUUAGAUUGAAUAUCAUUAUUAUUUAUAAUAUUUGUUUUAAUAAUUUCAUCCUCAGUAAUUUAUUAUAGAAAAAGUUAUAUAUCUUCAGAAAAAAAUUUAAAUCGAUUUAUUAUUUUAGUUUUAUUAUUUGUAUUUUCAAUAAUUUUAUUAAUUAUUAGUCCUAAUAUAAUUAGAAUUUUUUUAGGUUGAGAUGGAUUAGGAUUAGUUUCUUAUUGUUUAGUAAUUUAUUAUCAAAACAUUAAAUCUUAUAAUGCAGGUAUAUUAACUGCUUUAUCUAAUCGUAUUGGGGAUGUAAUAAUUUUAAUGGUAAUUUCUUGAAUAAUAAAUUAUGGAAGAUGAAAUUAUAUUUUUUUUUUAAAUUUUAUAAAUAAUGAUUAUAUAAUAAAAAUUAUUGGUUUAAUAUUAAUUAUUGCAUCUAUAACUAAAAGAGCUCAAAUUCCUUUUAGAUCUUGAUUACCAGCAGCUAUAGCUGCUCCAACUCCUGUUUCUGCUUUAGUUCAUUCUUCUACAUUAGUGACUGCUGGUGUUUAUUUAUUAAUUCGUUUUAAUAUAAUAUUAAUUGAUAUAUUUUUUUUAAAGUUUUUAUUAUUAUUAUCAGGAUUAACAAUAUUUAUAGCUGGUAUUUCUGCUAAUUAUGAAUUUGAUUUAAAGAAGAUUAUUGCUUUAUCUACUUUAAGUCAAUUAGGUUUAAUAAUAAGAAUUUUAAGUAUAGGAAUAUCGGAUUUAGCAUUUUUUCAUUUAUUAACUCAUGCUAUAUUUAAAGCUUUAUUAUUUAUAUGUGCUGGAGUGGUAAUUCAUAUAAUAAGAGAUAUUCAAGAUAUUCGUUAUAUAGGGGGAAUUAGUUUUUAUAUUCCUUUAACAAGAUUAUGUUUAAAUAUUUCAAAUUUGGCUUUAUGUGGGCUUCCUUUUUUAGCAGGAUUUUAUUCUAAGGAUUUAAUUUUAGAGAUAGUAAGUAUAAGAAAUUUAAAUUUAAUAAUUUUUUUUUUAUAUUAUUUAUCUACUGGAUUAACUAUAUUUUAUACAAUUCGUUUAUUAUUUUAUUUAAUAAUUAAUGAUUAUAAUUUAAUAGUAGUUUAUAAUUUAUAUGAUGAAGAUUAUGUUAUAUUAAAGAGAAUAUUUAUAUUAUUAUUUAUGAGAUUAGUAGUAGGUAGAUUUUUAAGAUGAAUAAUUUUUAAUUAUCCUUAUAUAAUUUAUUUACCUUUUAAUUUAAAAAUAAUAGUAAUUUAUGUUGUAAUAAUUGGAUUAUUUUUAGGGUAUAUAAUUAGAAAAAUAAAAAUUUAUUCUAUUAAUAAGUUUUUAAUAACUUAUAAUUUAAGAAAUUUUUUAUGUUUAAUGUGAUUUAUACCAAAUUUAUCAACUUAUGGGUUAAAUAUUUAUUUUUUAAAAAUGGGUCAAAGUUUAUUAAAAAAUAUUGAUAUAGGUUGAAGAGAAUUAUAUAGAGGUCAAGGAAUAUUUAAUAUUAUUAAAAAUUAUUCAAUUUUUUAUAAUUUUUAUCAAAUAAAUAAUUUUAAAAUUUAUUUAUUUAGAUUUUUUUUUUGAAUAUUAAUUUUUUAUUUAUUAUUAUUUUUAUUAUAA